CUUGGGUGAGUUGUUAUCCGGAUUUAGGAGAUGGCAAUGUCUUGGAUGAAGGGUUGCCUGAUUUGUGUCUGGUACUGGAUGUAAGUACAUGAGAUAGUUAUGGGAUGUUGAGAGAUGGAUGAAAAGGGCUAAAAAUGGAUCAGAGAAAAGGUAUAUAAGAAUGGUUGAUUUCCCAGGUUGAAUAUCAUUUCCAGAAACAACUCAGUUCAUCAACUAUCUAUCUAUCUACAAGAACAUCAUCCCAACUCUUUCAAUUCAAUCUACACAAUCAAUCAAAAUGCAUCUCACAACCCUCCUCUCCCUCCCCCUCGCCCUCGCCCCUCUGGCAGCCGCAGUUGGCAACGCCGUCGUUGCCAACAACUGCAAAGACCCCAUCUACCUCUGGUCCGUUGGCGGCUCAGUCGGUCCCAAGCAAACCAUCCAGCCUGGCGCCAACUUCACCGAAGCCUUCCACCAUGACGACGCCUCGGGCGGUAUCUCGCUGAAGGUGACCACCACCGAGAACGGGCUGUACGAUGGUAGCCCGCAGUUGACGUAUGCGUAUACGCUGGACGGAAACAACGUGUGGUAUGACAUUUCGGAUGUCUUUGGAGACCCGUUCUCCGGGAGUGCGGUUGUUAUCAAGCCUGUUGAUGAAGGGUGUGGUACCCUUUGCUGGCCGAAUGGGGUUUCGCCUGGGGGAAGUCAGGUUAGGAAUUGUGGGGAGAAGGAGGAUAUUGUCCUGACGGUUUGUGCGAGUGGAUGUUAGGUGGA